GUAGACCCACCUUUUGCUUUCAAUAUGUCCUUUGUGUGUGUGCAGGCUUCAGUUAAAGACUUCACAAAAGUAGACUACUGGCCGGAGAUGCAUUUCUGAUAGUUUUCCAUUUCCAUUCUUAAAGCUGCUUAGCUUCUUCCUGGUUUAUACCUCAACCUCAUCUCUUGCUCUCUCACUACGUCACCUUCUUCUCUUCUCUCUCCUAAUCCUCUAGUGGUGAUCUAAAGUAGAAAGAAGAGAGAAAAGUGGGACAUGCUUGGCGAAGGAUGAGCAGUUUGAAGAACUCUGAUCUGAUAGACGCCAAGCUGGAAGAGAAUCAGUCGUGUGGAUCCAAGCAGUGCCCUGGUUGCGGACACAAGUUUCAAUCCAAGCCUGACUGGGUGGGUCUACCAGCAGGAGUUAAAUUUGAUCCAACAGACCAAGAACUCAUAGAACACCUCGAAGCCAAAGUCGAAUCCAACCACAUGAUCAAAUCUCACCCUCUCAUCGACGAGUUCAUUCCCACCAUUGAAGGCGAAGAUGGAAUCUGCUAUACCCAUCCAGAGAAACUCCCAGGAGUAACAAGGGAUGGAUUGAGCAGGCACUUCUUUCACAGGCCAUCGAAGGCAUACACGACAGGGACGAGGAAGAGAAGGAAAAUCCAGAACGAGUGUGACUUACAAGGAGGAGAGACAAGAUGGCACAAGACAGGAAAAACCAGACCAGUUCUGGUGAAUGGAAAACAAAAAGGUUGCAAGAAAAUCCUCGUACUGUACACAAACUUUGGGAAGAACAGAAAGCCUGAGAAGACCAACUGGGUGAUGCAUCAGUAUCAUCUGGGACAGCACGAGGAAGAGAAAGAAGGAGAGCUUGUCGUCUCCAAAAUAUUCUUCCAGACACAGCCCAGACAAUGCACCACCACUACCAACAACAACAACGUUAACACUGAUAAUAAUAAUAAUUGGUCGGCGGCGGCGGAGAGAAGCACGACGACCGGUGAGGCGAGCGGAGAUCAGCCGAACAGUAAUAGUAGGAGAGAGAGUACAAGUGGAAGUUGUUCUUCUAAAGAGAUAGUCACUACGACGACUCAUCACUCUCAUCAUGACGUCUCUAAUACUGUUGCCGUUGGUGUUCCUCCAUUAACGUCCUUCACUGCUUUGGAUAUUCAUCACCACCUCAAAUCCGACCAUUUCAGCUUCAUCCCAUUCAGAAAAACCUUCGAUGAGGUGGGAAUAGGAGCUGCUUCGAGAGGAAGAGAAAUGGUGCAGCCUUCAGGUUCAUCAGGAGAAGGGAAUCAUCAUCAUCUUCAUCAUCAUCAACAUCAUCAACAACAACAACAUAUUGCAGAAAAUAAUAAUACAGCAUUUCAUCAUCAUAUCAGUAGGCCUUCACAUCCUAUUUCUAACAAAAUCUCUCCACCUCCUCCUUCACACCUUACCUCCGUCAUCCUUGACGAUGUCACCAGAUUAAUGCUCCAAAAUGAUCAUUUCCAGCAACAUCAUAAACCAGAAGGAAGGUCUGCGUCUGGCUUGGAGGAACUAAUUAUGGGAUGCACUACUUCAACUAAUUCUAAAGAGGAUUCAUCUAUCACACAUUAUCCACAAGAACCAGAAUGGUUGACGUACCCUUCAUACUGGCCUGAUUCUGACAAUCCAGGUCAUCAUCAUCAGUAGAGAAAGAGGGAAUGAAAUUAAUAGAAAAUAAAACAAAUAGAGACAACAUUAUGAUCAACUUCUUCUUCAUCAUUAAUACGUGAAGCUCGCUCAAGUUUCUUUCAUUUUCAAAGAGGAACUUAAAAAAAAAAAAAAAAGAUAAGGCCAAGAAAUUAUACUGUUUUUUUUUUUUCUUUUGCGUUCUUUAGUUCUCUCGUUGGGGCUUGUCUCCCAACGGAACAAGUUGGGAAGUGAGAGUAAGAGAAAGAACAAAUUAAAGUGAAAAGAAUGAAAUCAAAGGAAAGAAAAAAGAAAGGAAAAGAAAAGAGAAACCAAGAAAGGCUGCUCUUUCUCUCCCCUUCUUCUGACUCACACAAGGGAGAACCAAAGACCCAAACCUGUAUGAAAAUCAUCAAUGUUAUUAUUAGAUCAUCAUCUUUAUUUUUAUUUUUCACAUUGUUUAAUUAUUUUAAGAAGUUUGUAUAUUUCUUCUUUCUUUUUUUCUUUUUACACCAGAAAUACAAAUACCAAUGAGUUUUUGCAAAA